GACCGGCUCGAUCUCGAGGAGGUGGUCGCAGAAGCCAAACGGGUUGUGGACAACGGCACGCUGAAAGACAUGCAAGUGGUCAUGCGAAAAGUGCAGCUGACAGAUCCAGGGAAGUGGAAUGAUUUGGCGACUAAGCCUGAGUUAAAGCAGCAGCUAAAGAAGUUUGUGGCAGAGGCAG